UGAAGGAGUUGCAGCAGUUCCUAGGCUUCGCUAAUUACUACAACAGGUUCGUGCCACAGUAUGCGAAACUCGCGGCACCACUCACGAAUCUGCUGAAGAAGAACACGCCCUACAAAUGGGAGACGAAGCACCAGGAAGCCGUGGAGCAGCUGAAACAAGCACUAACGUCCGCACCGGUGCUCAUCUUGCCAGAUCCCGAACGCGACUACGUAAUCGAAGCUGACGCCAGCGACCAGGCAGUGGGAGCAGUCUUGAUGCAAGACCAGGGGAAUGGACUGCAACCAAUUGCCUACCUCAGCAAGAAACUGCACGGGGCAGAACUCAACUACCCGAUACACGACAAAGAGGCUCUUGCUAUCGUCAUCGCCUUCAAAGCGUGGAGAUGCUAUCUUGAAGGACGAAGAACGACCGUCUACACCGACCACUGCAGCCUGAAAUAUUUGAAGACACAACCCAACCUUUCUAGGCGGCAGGUCCGGUGGAUCGACUUCCUCGAGACACACUUCCACUACGACAUCGUGUACAAGCCCGGCCACAAGAACAAAGCAGACGCUCUCAGCCGGCCUGCACACUGGGACAGUGACAUCGCGUACCGGAAAGGAUCAACAAAAAUCUGGGUACCCAAUUACCCUCCUUUGCGCCAGUUACUACUCGAAGAAUACCACGACGUCCUGUACGCCGGACACUUCGGUAGCAACAAGACGCUCACCGGUAUCGCCAAACACUACUACUGGCCCCAUAUGGCAGACGACGUCCAGAAAUUCGUCACCUCGUGUGAUACAUGUCAGCGGAUGAAGAGCAGCAAGCAGAAAAAGGCGGGACUACUGCAGCCUCUUCCUGUCCCAGAACAACCAUGGCAAGUGGUUAGCCUAGACUUCAUCACCGGGUUACCACCUACCUCCAGCGGUCAUGACGCCAUCCUUGUCGUCAUUGACAAGUUCUCCAAAAUGGGACACUUCAUCCCGACACACACGACGGCACGCACCGAGGAGACAGCACAGCUCUUCGUUCGUCACAUCAUCUCACAGCAUGGCAUCCCAACUACACUCAUCUCCGACCGAGACCCCAAGUUCACUAGCAAGUUCUGGAAGGAACUUAUGUCUCUGCUCGGCACCAAACUCGCCAUGUCAUCCGCAUACCAUCCGCAGACAGACGGACAGACCGAGCGCCUCAACCAAAUUGUUGAGCAACUCCUCCGAGCAGCCUGCAAGGACGACAUCUCCAAAUGGGACUUGCACCUGCCCGUACUAGAGUUUGCUUACAACAAUGCUACACAUGCCGCUACUGGACAGACGCCGUUCUUCCUCUGCUACGGACGCCACCCACUCACACCACAGAAACCGACAACAUCAGCAACACCAUCUCUCAUCUAAACUUCGACCUCGCUUCUGCGGGCCUUUC